CCAGGGUUAGAAGGAACCGGAGUGGGGCGUGGUCUCAGUGGGUGGGGCUUCCACUUGCUUAAAGUCUCCCGCCUUCCUGGCCUGACCAAGUGGUCUGGCCAGCUCUUUCCUCCGCAGCCAUGUCGUGGUCUCCGCUCCUACCAUUCUCCCUUCUGCUUCUGCUGUUCCUACUCGAGGUUCCCAGAGCAGCCACUGCGUCCCUGCCGCAAGCGUCCUCCGAGGGUGCAGCCACCUGCAAGACCCACGACCUGUGCCUCUUUGGGCCACGCCCGUUGCCCCCUGAACCACCUGUCAGAGUGAGCCUGUAUUAUGAGUCCCUGUGUGGAGCCUGUCGCUACUUCCUCGUCCGAAAUUUGUUCCCAACUUGGCUGAUGACUAUGGAAAUAAUUAACAUCACCCUGGUGCCCUACGGAAACGCACAGGAGAGAAAUCUCAGCGGUACGUGGGAGUUCACAUGCCAACACGGGGAGCUGGAGUGUAGACUGAACAAAGUGGAGGCCUGUCUGCUGGAUACCCUGGAAAAGGAGGCGGCGCUUCUAACCAUCGUCUGUAUGGAGGCGAUGGAGGAUAUGGAGAAGAAACUCGGACCGUGCCUGCAGGUGUAUGCUCCGGAGGUGUCACCAGAAAGCAUCAUGGAGUGUGCCACCGGAAAACGGGGCACACAGCUUAUGCACAAGAACGCCCAGCUCACAGAUGCCCUACAGCCACCUCAUGAGUAUGUUCCCUGGGUGCUGGUCAAUGAGAAACCUUUGAAGGACCCCAGCCAACUUCUGAGUUUAGUCUGUCAGCUGUACCAGGGAAUGGAGAAGCCAGACAUCUGCUCCUCCAUGGCCGACCCCCCCAGGAAGGUCUGCUAUAAGUGAAGGCCAUGGUCCCAAGCAAACCUGCCCAGCUUGUUCAGACUGAGAACCUGUAAGAAGUGCCACCGAGCCAGGAAAGAGCUGCACAGGUCCCACGAAACCCAGGCUCAAAACUUCUCAGAGUCAAGAAUCUUGCCUUAUUUUUAAAUGGUGCUACAUUUAAAUUCAUUGAAUAAAUCAUCUAUAUUGCUGU